AUGUUGAGCAGUACUAAAAUACUUAGGAGAUAUGUCAUCUUCCGUAGUUAUCAAUGUUCAUCACAUUUCUCAAAUGGAUCUGUACUGGAAACCAACAUUGAUGUUAAUUCAAAAGAAUAUCAGGAAAAUCGAACAGCAAUGGAAAUUUUGGUGCACAAUUUGAAAAAGGCUGUAACCAAUUCAGUUUCUGGUGGCGAUUCAAAAGAUAAGUUAAGGCACACGUCCAAAGGAAAACUACUAGUACGUGAUCGUAUAGAUUAUCUUUUGGAUUCAGGUUCACCAUUUUUAGAAUUGUCACAAUUGGCUGGACAUGAUCUUUAUAAAGAAACUGUUCGAUGCGGUGGAAUAGUUACGGGAAUUGGCCGUAUAUCCAAAAAAGAAUGCAUGAUCAUUGCCAACGACGCUACAGUUAAAGGUGGAUCUUAUUUUCCUAUCACAGUAAAAAAACAUUUAAGAGCCCAGGAAAUAGCCAGUGAAAAUAAUUUACCUUGCAUUUAUUUGGUGGACUCUGGUGGUGGUUACUUAAAAAAACAGGCUGAACUUUUUCCUGAUAGAGAACAUUUUGGAAGAAUAUUUUUUAAUGAAGCCAUCAUGUCUUCAAAAAAUAUAACACAAAUAGCCGUAGUGAUGGGAAGUUGUACUGCAGGCGCUGCUUAUUUACCUGCCAUGGCCGAUGAAAGCGUAAUUGUCAAAAAGACUGGAACAAUUUUUCUUGCUGGUCCUCCUUUAGUGAAAGCUGCAACUGGCGAAAUCGUGUCUUCAGAAGAUCUGGGUGGUGCCAAACUUCACUGCUCUGUUUCUGGAGUUUCUGAUCACUACGCUAAUGAUGAUUAUCAUGCACUUCAUAUUACCAAAACAAUUAUUGCAAAUUUAAAUAAUAAUAACAAUAAACAAGAUAUAAAAAAUAAUUUUGAUGUGCCUGAGCCACCGUUAUAUCCUGAUGAAGAAUUAUACGGAAUUGUUGGAGACAAUUUAAAAAAGAACUAUGAUGUCAGAGAGGUUAUUUCAAGAAUAGUAGAUGGGUCUGUAUUUUCUGAAUUUAAAAAAAAUUAUGGAGAAACAUUGGUAACUGGAUUUGCUAAACUAUGUGGUUACCCUAUUGGCAUAAUUGGUAACAAUGGGGUGUUAUUUUCUGAGUCUGCGUUAAAGGGUACACAUUUCAUUGAAUUAUGUUGUCAACGAAAUAUUCCAUUGCUAUUUUUGCAAAACAUUACUGGUUUUAUGGUUGGAAAAGAUGCGGAAGCCGGUGGUAUUGCUAAAAACGGCGCUAAAAUGGUUACAGCGGUGUCCUGUGCAUCUGUUCCUAAAAUUACUGUAGUGAUUGGUGGAUCUUAUGGAGCUGGAAAUUAUGGAAUGUGUGGACGAGCAUACGGACCAAGAUUUAUGUAUAUGUGGCCUAAUUCUCGAAUAAGCAUAAUGGGAGGAGAACAAGCUGCAGGUGUUCUUGCCCAAAUUCAAAGUGACAAAAAGAUUAGAGAAGGAAAACUGAUAACAAAAGAAGAAGAAAAAAUUUUAAAAGAUCCGGUGAUCAGACAAUUUGAGAACGAAGGAAAUCCUUUUUAUUCUAGUGCGAGGUGUUGGGAUGAUGGCAUCAUCGAUCCUGCUCAGACAAGGCAAGUGUUGGCGAUGAGCUUGUCUGCCAUCCAAAAUUCACCAGUACAGCAAACCAAGUAUGGAAUUUUCCGGAUGUAA